AUGAGCGCAAUUCACUCUCUCAGUCUGCCUCCCGCCCUGGAGGGCAUCUCCAGGACGAUGUGGACCGUUCUCGGCCUCGUGGCCGCCGUGGUCUGCGCCGUGGCCUACGGCACGGCGAUGCCGCGCAACUUCCCGCGCAACAUCCCGCGCGUGCCUCUCUGGCUUCACUUCUGGACCGUGCUCCGCGGCGCGUCCAAGUCGGACGUGUACAACAAGCUCGUCCGCGGGCUGAUUGAGGAGCACGGCGCCGUCGCCUUCUGGAACGAGGGCGCGUGGACGAUCCUGGUGACCAAGCCCGAGUACCUCGUGCAAAUCUUCAAGAACAGCGACAAGAAGCUCAACAAGAUGGGCCUCGCCGAGCGCAUCCCCUGGGGCAGCGGCGCCAAGCUCUUUGGCAUCAACAUCAUCGACUCGGACGGCGAGCUCUACGCCACGUUCCGCAAGCUCCUCAAGGAAGGCUUCUGCCUCCCGGCGCCGCUCGACUCGUUCCGCGAAAAGGCGCGGCUGCUGGCCGACCAGCUGCUGCGCGCGCAGGACAGCGAGCCGUCGGGCGUGCUGGUCGGGCCCUUUGUCUGGCGCUGGGCGCUGUCCGUCUGGGGCGAGUACUUUCUGGACGCGCAGUUUGACGACGCGCAGAUGGACUACCGGACCUUUAACAUCCAGCAGGUGCUCGGGGUGCAGAACCGCAAGUUCAUGGGCCGGCUCAAGGGGCUCUUCCCGUUCCUGGACAACCUGCCGUUCACGCUGCCGGUGACGCGGCACACGGACGCGCUGCUGUACGAGGUGCAGCGGCGGCUGCUGCGGCUCGCCGAGGAGCGCUGCCAGUCGCCGCCGCCGCCGGGCGGGGAGAACAAGAUCGGCUUCAGCCUGCACCGCGCGCGCGCCGAGGGCCUCAUGUCCGAGUUCCACUACCAGUGCAACCACAAGCAGCUCUUCAUCGCGGGCCACGAAAACGUCGAGACGACGCUCAACUCGGCCCUCGAGGAGCUCGGCGCGCACCCGCACAUCCAGCAGCUGCUCCGCGACGAGGUCACGCGCGACAUCCCGUGGGACUAUGCCUGCAAGGACCUCGACCAGCUGCCGCUGCUCAACGCCGUCAUCUACGAGGCCCUGCGCCUGUACCCGCCGCUCGGCCACAUGUCGAACCGCAUCGCGACGGUGCCGUACGUGCUCGGCGACGACAUUGCCGUGCCCCAGGGCAUGAUGCUCGGCUGGCACUCGUACGGCAUCCAGACCGACCCGCGCGUCUGGGGCGAGACGGCCCGCUCGUUUGAUCCCUUUCGUUGGGGAGCCGACUCGGCCGCCGUCAAGCAGACGCUGCGCCAGAGACAGGCACGCGGCCAGUACCUCCCGUUUGGCAUCUACGGCAGGAAGUGCCUGGGGUUCAACAUUGCCAUGCAGAUGCUGCAGUGCACGCUGUGCGAGCUCGUGCGCAACAUCGACUGGAAGCAUCCCGAGGGCUACACUUUUUCCUAUGGCAAGGCUGCGUUGGUUAUGCCCGACAACAUCACGAUGAAGAUUGCUGAGAGACGGAGUGAGCCGGACAAGGUUGCGCCGACUGAAUGA